UCUAUUUCCCUGUAUAUACAAUAAUGAUAAAACAUGCAUUAUUUAAACCAAGAUUUAUUUUAUAAAAAGCAUGUAUUUGCAGGUUUUGGUAAUCCUCUAGUUGAUAUUUCAGCAUUGAUUAAAUCUGAUGAAAUUCUAGAAAAGUUUAACCUCAAACCUGAUGGGCAAUGUGAGGUUAAUGAACAUGAUAUUUCUGAAAUGUUGAAGUUUCUGGACAGGGAGAACCAUGAAGUGAGGAAAAGCCCUGGAGGGUGUGUACAGAACACCCUGAGAAUCGUUCAAGCUCUCGUGAAACAGCCUCAGUUUUGUGUGUUCUUUGGAGGCCUGGGAAAUGACAGUGAUGGCGGGUUGUUGGAAUCAGAAGUAAAAAAGUGUGGAGUAGAAACCAGAUAUACAAAACACCCUGCGUACUCUACUGGAAAAGUGGCCGCAUUGAUACAUGGAGAUAAGCGAUCCCUUGUGGCUCACCUCGGGGCAGCAGAAGUCUAUCGCAGGGAAGACUUUGAGACGAGCGAAAAUCUCAAAAUCCUAGAAGAAGUGGUUAUAGUAUACAUCGAAGGGUUUUUUAUCACUCAUAGUUUAGAUGUUGCUCUCGAAGUCAUAAAAAUAUGUAAAUCUAAAGGUGUCAUUGUCGCGUUCAACAUCAGUGGCGCGUAUGUAGCUGAAGCUCACUCGGAGAAAUUGUUAGCGACUGUCGUUUUAGCCGAUAUAGUAAUAGGGAAUGAUUCCGAGUUCAAAGCUUUAGGAAAAAUAAUUAACUUAAGUUGUGAUACUUUGAAGGAUCUUGCCAUGGAAACAUUUUUGUUCCUAAAGAAACAAAAUAUUCCUAGUCAUAAGUUUAAGGUGGAAGGGGUGAAUGAUCUGAAUAAAGUGUUAGUCAUGACUCGAGGGAAAGCACCAGUGUACUGUGUGUUUGGAGAUGGGGAGAUUAUGGAGUUUGCUGUGCCGACAUUGGACGUUUCACUUAUAAAAGACACCACAGGGGCGGGCGACUCAUUUGCUGCUGCGUUUUUGUUGGCUUUGAUUCAAGGCAAAUCCUUGACAGAAUGUCUUGCGUUUGGAUGUGCCACAGCUCAUAAGGUUAUUCAAGAAGUUGGGGUUUAUUUAGGUGACAAAUGAUAUACUCGUCUUGAAAUGCCAUAGUCUGAAUUAAGAGCUUUAAUUGGGUUAGUUUUCUGCAACCUUUCUGUGAUAAUGUCUCUUUAUUUAUAUUAUUUAUAAAAUGUUGUUACACAAAAAUAAAGUUGUUGGUUAAAAA